AUGGCACCCGCCCCAUACACCGCCGAACCGGGCAACUGGUUCCUUCGUGGAGUCCAGUCUGCAGUUUUUUACUAUGUCUCUUGCUCGCCCUGGCUCGGCUACAAACACAGGAGAAAAAGGCGGAGGGAAGCGAAAGAGCAAGCUCAAGCGAAAGCAGAAAUUGUUGUCACUCAACCAGGCAUCGUCACCCAGCCUGGGCCUUUUCAGACAAAUGAAGCAUGGGCAGAAGAGUUGAUGCUGGGUCCUGGACCACCUAAAGGCUGGAAGAAAGAUACGCUGCUGCAGAAAAUUCAAAAGAAAGUGCCCAAAGAGCCGCCCGGCUCAAAUCCUCAGCCCCCAUCCGCUGAAACACCUGCACCGAGCUCUGAGCCGGGAAACUCGUCAGCAAGACCAUCGACGCCGCUCACAGACUCACCCACUGAGCUCUCAAUAAGAACGUCUUCAACCACAAACGAGGUCGGGGAUGUGGACGUCAUCGCGAGCUGGAACAAAUCUGCUUCGGAUCAGGAGAGACCACCGCGAGAAAGAAGACUGUCUAGCGCAAUGGAGAAUUUUAAAGACUCUCUCCGCACGACCUUACACCCGCCCAAAUGGAACUGGAAAAGAUAUGACCGUGAGGAUGAAAUUCUAGCUGGGUUCACUGAAAGGGUAACGAGAAUAUGGAAUCGGGCGACUUCAGGAAUGCAUCACGAGGAUGCCGAGGAGCAGCAAGAAGGCGGGGAACCGUCAACGUACAGACGCAAGCGUGCGCCCACUGACGAGAGUGAGCGAUACGACUAUAAUCGAGUAAGGCAUCCCGAAGUGAAUGAUCUGCAUCCUCCGGUGGUUUCCCAGCUCCCUGCUACGAGGGCCGAAGCUGCCUGGAUGUUGCUUCCUCCUCCCAGUGCUGCAGUCAUGGAAGCACGCACAAGACCUGCUGCGGAACCUGAGAUGCGCUUUCCUCUAUGCGUUAUUGGCAGGCCGCGAAAACAGACGGAACCAAAGCCAUCGUUGGCCAAGACACGAUCUUCUGAACAGGUCGAAAUGCAAGACUUGGUGUACCCUAGUGAUGCUGAAGACGAAGAUGACGGCCUCAGCGGCAGUGAGACACAAAGUGUCAACGAAAGCAUCGACCAUCGCCAGGCGCACCGUGAGAAAAGUGAGAAUAAAAAUCCGGUACGGAUCAAGCACUUGUCGGAUCCGAUCAUCAAACCUGCACCAGUUGUGCAUCCCGUAUCACGGAUUGCAGGAGACUUGUUUGUCCCGAAGAGAAGGGAUUCGUGGCAGUUUCAUUAUGUUGUCCCAUCGAACCAGCCGAUGGAGUGGUGA